AACGUUAUUUUUUUUGUUAUUUCCAGGUCGGUCGAGGAAGCAAAGCAAGAGAAAACAUUCGUCAUGACACCACUCACAAAGGAAUCAAAGCUCCGCAGGCAUAUCAGGUCGAUGUCGGACGUCCAGAGCAGCACGCCCUACAGACUGCCCUUCAGGUCACGAAAAGGCAGCACCCAGACCCUCAUGUACGAUUCCGACACGAGGGCGAGGCGGAUCCGAUCCUACAACCGUCAUCUAGAAUCGUCGGACUCAAGUGACUAUGAAGCACCAAGAAAACUGUCAAGUCUCGAAAGGAACAUUCUGAAACACUCAGAUUCAAUGAGGAUCCUAUAGGUUCAAAUGUACGAGCUCUUCAGAGGCUGUGUAAAAUGACUUUAGUGCAAGUUAAGAGCCAUAUUUGAAAAAUAUUAGCUACACUUGCAUUGUAUUAGGAAGUCCUAUAGUGAUUAUGACUGUGACACGCAGAUAGCAAUUUCCUCAUGAGACUGUGAUCGUAAUAGAUUAAAUUAUUCUAUGAAGAAUAAUUGUGAUUGUGAUUAUUCUUGUAGAUAAAAUAUUUAGCUGUAAGAUUAUCAUUUUAAAUCCUUUCGUGGAUUUAAAAAUGUAUAGUGAUAAGUUACAAAGGCCAUAUAAAAUGAGUCGUUUGAUAUAAUUAUAAUUUCAGUUUUUCUUUAUUUAUAACAUUAAUUUGUUUUAGAGCUUCUUUAAUAUUCUUUGAAGAUUAUUUUGAAUUUUCAUUAGUUUCUUCUCUAUUGGGUCGACUUUUAGAAUUCAAGUCGUCGUGCAAUCAGAGGUUUUUGUACCUUAUGAAAAUGUGCCUAUUUAUUUCCAUAGAUCUUUAUUUCUGUUAUUAUUAUACAGUGGUUGACAAAAUGACAAUGACGGAGUUUAUGAAAAGACUAGAAGUUAUUUUUUAAACUAACAGCUAAGUAAAUGAUCAAAGUGAGACUUGUAAAUUAGAGAAACACAAGAAAUUUCUAUGCUAAAUUAGAAACAAAAUUUCCAAAAUAUUACAUUAAAGUUACUUAUACAAAUUACCCUGUCAUUAUUUAGCACUUUAUACACUGGAGACGCUGACCCGCCGAAUUUAUCAUUAAUUUGAAUGAUUAGUUUAUAAUUAAUGUCGUAGCCAAAAAAGAAGGCUGCUUCGGUGUGUAGACUGCUAAAGAAAGACAAAUUUUGGUUUGAUCGUUAUGUAACCACCUUUCUAAAUGUCUACCUAACAUUUUUGUAUUCAAGUUUUAAUACUUUUUAAUCAUUAUUUCUUGAUUGUUUAUAAAUCUCUUUGAAUUGUAUAAAAU